ACACAACCAGGUUUUUUGGGGGGUGAGAGGUCGGCUACAAUCUUUUCAGCUCGCUUCAGGGUCCUGGAGGGACGGCAGAUUCCGGCCGAUCACCCUUCCUGCUAUAGUUAUUUUUUAUUUUGCCUUUUUUAUUUUGUACUCCGUUAUUAAUCUACCUGAGUGUGGAUAAUUGGUGCUGUCGAAAUUCCAUCACUAUCUUCUGUCCAUGAACGCACCGUAAAGUCCACGGUCCCUUUAAACCGAAGCUCCUCCUCUUCCGGCGUGUCCACGUCAUCUCCCACCACAAACAAACAUGGCGACGCGCUGCACCGGCGCGGCUACUCUGGCCGCGUUUGCUGUGAUUUUGUCCGUUUUUGUGGCUCUGUCCGCUUCCGGUUCCGGUGUAACGUGGCCGGUCGUGUCUCUGGCCGUCGUCGCCGGACUGGCGUCGCUGUGGCUGCGGCGGCGGGACGACGGGACCGAGCGGCGGGUCUGCGUGCUGGUGCUGGGGGAUCUGGGUCGCAGUCCCCGGAUGCAGUACCACGCGCUGUCCCUCAGCAAACACGGAUAUCACGUGACCUUUGUGGGGUUCUCAGAAACGAAACCUCACGAUGACGUUCUGAGACAAGAGAGAAUAAAGAUGGAGCCCAUAAGAGAAGUGAAAGGAGUUCAAGUUGGACCAAAGAUCUUCACGUACGUGACGAAGGUGAUUCUUCAGACUCUGCAGCUUCUUCUUGUUCUGCUGAAGAUGGAGACUCAGUCUCAUAUACUGAUGCAGAAUCCUCCUGGCCUGCCCGGCAUGGCGGUGGCCUGGUUGGUGUGCGUCCUGCGCGGCAGCAGGUUCGUCAUCGACUGGCACAACUACGGCUUCAGCAUCAUGGCGCUGAGCCUCGGGGGGGCGCACCCGCUGGUCCGGCUGGCCAAGUGGUACGAGCGCUUCUUCGGCCCUCUGGCCGCUCGCAGCCUGUGCGUUACCACGGCGAUGAAGGACGACUUGCAGAAGAACUGGGGCAUCAGGGCGACGACGCUGUACGACCGGCCGGCCUCCGUCUUCAGGGAGACGCCGGUGAGGAGGCGGCACGAGCUCUUCGUCCGGCUGGCCGACGCCCAUCUUCAGUUCCAGAACAGCGGGUGUGUGGAGGACGAGCGGGUGGAGGGGACACUCUUCUCCGUCCGUGACCUCAGUGAGGACGCGGUGACCUUGAGGGCGGAGCGACCGGCGCUGCUGCUCAGCAGCACCAGCUGGACAGAGGACGAAGACUUCUCCGUCCUCCUGGACGCCCUCGAAGUUUACGAAGGAUUCAUCAACGCAGGAGCAGCUCUGCCCCCCCUGCUGUGUGUCAUCACAGGUAGGGGUCCUCAGAAGGAUCACUACAUGAAGCUGAUCGACUCCCUCCGUUUGGAGCACGUGAAGAUCUGCACCCCGUGGCUGGAGGCCGAGGACUACCCCGUCUUAUUGGGUUCAGCCGAUCUGGGUGUUUGUCUCCACAAGUCUUCCAGCGGUCUGGAUCUACCCAUGAAGGUGGUGGACAUGUUCGGCUGCUGCCUGCCUGUCUGUGCCGUCCACUUCAACUGUCUACACGAGCUGGUGAAGCACGAGGAGAACGGUCUGGUCUUCAGAGACUCUCAGGAGCUCGCCGAGCAGCUCAAGUCGCUCCUCUCAGGGUUUCCCGCCUCAGACGGCCGACUGGGGGCCUUCAGGAGGAACCUGCGGACCAGCAGGGGACAGAGCUGGGACGACAACUGGGACCAGAACGUCCUGCCGCUGAUCGCGCCGCCCUGACGUCAAAGAUUUUCAGAAUAAAACUCAUCUGAAUGUAGUUACUGACUUAAGAGAAUUAUAAACCAUUAUUACCUUUAAUGCUCAUAAGGACUUUCACUGUUAAAAAACCCUUUCAUUCCGGUGUUUUGAUUUUUUUUCUACCUAAAUGACUUUGAAACGAUGUACAUUUGUAUAUAAAAUCUUUAUUGUG